UUUAAAAACAUAACCUCAGAUUAAGGAAUUUCAAAAUGAUUAUACAUCAUUGAUAAUAUAUGAUUAUGUAUCAUCAUUUAUCUCAAUUAAAUCAUUGCUGGAUGAGUGGCAUUAAGAUACUGAAAAUGCCAGUAAAAAUAAUUACGGGUUAACUCUGAUACACGUGUGUUAAAGAAAAUGUUGAACAAAUAUAAAAAUAUUAUAUAUACCAUAGCAUUUAUGGACCUAUUUGCUAUUGGUCUCAUAACACCACUAUUUGGCACACAUUUGAGAGGACUUGGAGCAUCUAAUUUCUUAAUAGGAAUUAUUGCAUCUUCUUAUUCUGGAAUUCAGGUCAUUUCAGGACCCUUGAUCGGAAGUUGGAGUGAUGUCAGAGAUCGUAAAGUUGUUCUAAUGAUUUCUUUGCUCUUCUGUGCUGUGUGUUACCUUUCAUUGGGAAUCUUCAGCUCUAUAUUUUGUAUAUUUCUCAUCCGUUUACUGCUAGGUUUCAUGAAACACACACAGUCGAUAUGUAAGGCUAUGGUAUCUGAUCUUUUUCCACCGGAUAAACAUUCUGAGCUUUUAAGUAGAACAGCAGUUUUGGGAACAAUAGGAUUUAAUAUAGGACCAUUAUUUGGAGGAUUUAUUUCAGAACUUUCGAAUGGUUUCACAUUAGUCUGUACUUUGACUUUUAUAUUGUUCCUUAUGAAUAUAUUUUUAGCAUCCUUAUUACCAAGUUUCAAGAAGAGGCAUGAAAAAGGUGAUGAGUUACAAGUGAAAUCACUAGGGAUCAAACAAGAGUUGUUGAAAAUUGGAGCAAAUAUAAAAAAUAUCGAUUGGCCUCAAAGUUGGCACUUAUUUGCCAUGAGAUUUUUAUCUAGCAUAGCUACUGCCCUCUUCUUUUAUAAUCAGACGUUCUACAUGAAAGAAUUCUUCAAUUUAUCACAAAGACAUAUAGGUUAUGUCAUUACUUUCAGUGGAACAAUACAGACGAUUACAGUUUACUCACUCAGUUACCUAAACCAGAUGUUCUAUAAGAAUGAACCAGAUGGCGUUAAGUGUAUUUCACAUUUCUUUCUCCUUAUGAGUAUCGCAAGUCUAUUGUUAUGUUUUGCAAAUCAGUUUACGUAUUUUUUAAUAUGUAUAAUACCUUUCGUUAUAUCUUCCUCUGUAUUGAGAAUAAGUACAACACAAAUUGUAUUAGAAAAAUGUGAUAAGGAUAAAAUAGGUACAUAUGGUGGAGUGUCCUAUAGCUUUGUUUCUAUAGCUAAAUUUAUCGUCCCUACUUUAUCUGGUAUUGUAAGUGAUAGUUUCAGUAAUCAAGCUUCUAUAGUUUUGUCUUUUAUACCUGCAAUUACAGGUGUAAUACUAACUUCAACGAUUUUGAAGAAGAAAAAUAAAGAAUUGUGAUAGUUAUACAUUGUAUUCAAAUCAGGAAUUUUAAUUUAGAUAUAUUUAUUGUUGCAGCUGUCUUAAAUGUUCCUAAGUGAGUGAUUUCAAUUUGUUGUGCCUAGAAUGUAUAUAUA